AUCGAGCGACAUCCCGUGCACGCUCACACGCGAACUUCCGCCACGCGCAUCCCAAGCGUGACUGCGGUUCGCUUUGUCUGAAUUCGGCCACUUGCCACCACGCCCGCGUAGCCCCAAACCCAACGCCCUGAAGCUAGGGAGAAGCAUGGCCUCGCAGCCGCCGCCGUCCCCUGGACCGGCGAGGGGUCCUUGUUUUCGGGUUACUCCCGACUCGAAGGAAGAGGGCUACCGUUACCAACAGCGGGUCUCCAUUGGCGACACUCACGAGGGCCAGUUCUGGGGUGACGAAACCCUGAACCCCAAGAGGAACCUGCGCUUUGAGCGCGACAGCCAUGCUCAGGAGUAUUCAAGCCGACGAAUGCAAAGUCAACAAGUGAAGCGCAUGGGAGAGCACCCUGUCCAAGCCUCAACUUGCACAGAGGGACGUACGAUUCGCUCCCAUUACCAGUCGGCGGAAGUUGACCGUACCUGCAAUCAUUCAGAAUGGAUCCAGCGCCACUCUUCGCAAGCGAUACAACAAUACCAGCAGCACCAUACGCUGCGCCAGCGGCCUCAGCAGGAAGGCGGAAGAUGCAGCUCGUUUGGUGAAGUGGUGCAAAUGCAGGCCAUUCCUCCAGUGGUUCAAAUGCAGGCCAUUCCGGCAGGUACACCUGCCGUAGAGGCAGUUCAUAUGACAUCCGAUUGCUUCGUGACGGUGGACGACGAAGAGCGAGUUAACAUGUGUGCAAACCUAACACGUGGUCGCAGUGGUGUGCAGGCUGCCGCUGUCCAGCGACCUGCAUUCUUUCCUGGCUUGGGCGAUGGAAUGGGAGUUGCUGUCCAACGGCCUGAGCUUAGUGGGUUAACUUCAAGCUGCACUGCUCUGGAAUGUAUCACUGGGAUGUUCCAAGACACAAUUCAGAAGACCCGUCAGUUGUCCAUCGGAGAUACGUUGCGCCUGGUACCUGCUGGAAAUGGGGACGUCGUUACCGCGUACGUGGUUGAUAUAAUCGCAGAGGGAGAGGAGUUUGACGACGAUCGGAAAAAGAAGAGGAAGAAGAAAAAGAAGAAGAAGAAAAAGAAAAAGAAGAAGAAGAAGAAGAAGAGGAAGAAGAAAAAGAAGAAGAAGAAGAAGAAGAAGAAAAAGAAGAAGUCGAAGAAGAAAAAGAAGUCGAAGAAGAAAAAGAAGGAAACGAAGGCUAAGAAGACAGAGGAGCCGAAGAAGAAGAAAGGGGAAGCAACAGUGGGCAAAGAUAGCAGCCUUGCCACACCGUCUUCAGGGAGCACGCCGAGCACUACUACAACCAGUGUGACAAAGCCAACAGAAAAAGUCGGAAACGUGAAGUUUGAUGCAAAGACUGCUCCAGCAAAGCCAGAAUUGAAAGUGCUGAUCUCGAGGCCAUCAGUGUCCAACAUUGCUCCUGUCCCGAUGCCCCCAGCAGUUUGUACACGGACAUCGAUCAUGAGAUUGCUACCCGCCAUCUCCCAGACCUCGCAGUGUAACAACUGCGGUACCAUCGUUCCUAUGCCGCUUGCUAUUGGUCAGCCGCCAGCCAUGAGGUUAUCCUCUCCUCAACAACCAUCGUGGUCUUCCAGGUGGGGAAGUCGUGGGCGCUCUCCUCCCCAGUCUCCAUUACCAAUGGUCGAAGACGAGUGGCCAUCACCUGAGGGGCGAGAACCUAGGAGACGGUCUCGUACCAGUUCCCGGAGGCGCCGGCGAUCUAGAUCAUCCAGGCGACGUUCCAGAUCACGUUCAUCAAAGCGACGCCGCAGAAGAUCAGAUUCCUACAGUUCGAGCAGCUCUGAAUAUUCAUCUUCGGAUGAUUAUUCACGCCGACGUAGACACAGAAGCAGUCGCAGACGUACUCCCGAACCAUACGAAGCUGAUCCACCUCCACCGCCUCCAAACGACCCUCUAGAAAGACACUACACGGAACCUGGGAUUGUUGGAAGACCAGGCAGACCGAUGUAUGCCAGCCCAUCGUACCCAUUUCGAAAAGCACGUUCCUACGACAUAAGCCCACCCAAGGUCCCGUGCUACAUAGAAGGCACUGGAUUUCGUACGGCGUCUCAAGUGCAAAUGCCCGUCGUGGUCGAAUCUGAACUUAUGCUUGUACCUGAGAAUCCUGAAACAGCUGCUCAGACAGUACCACCACCCACUGCAGCCUCAGUGCUGUGUGUCAUGCGAAAGUCUUUGCCACAAGUUAUACAGCCACAACUACCCCAGAUUCCUUCAAUGACACUAGCGACUCUGGCCACCUCUGCUCUCCCUGGGCCAUCUCCCAUAGCUCUUGCACAACUGCCAAUGACUGCGACACCGAUUUAUUCCCAGCAACUCCCCAUAACACCGUACGUGUCUUCUGCACCCCUGCUCGUUAACGCUACGUGUAAUCAAAGCCCGUGUCAGAAUACGACGUCAAGUUGUACAUUUUCCACGGAUAACACGUCGGUCAAGGUGUCCAUGGACACUCAGCCCUCAUCUUCAAGUUACAUGUCUUCAGGUCCUAGAACCAUGGGCCUGUAUACAAAACAGUCCGGUGACCCCUGGUGGUCACCCUAUGGGUACAUGAAGAGGAUGAACCAACAAGGCAGCCUUGCAGUUACCUUCAUCUUCCUUGUUGGCAUUGUAGCAUGCCUUGUAGCUAUCCUGACCCGCUUCGGAGCUGGGCGGCCACACAACCUACGCGAGUCGGUCGGCGAGGUGGAUGAUGACUCUCACGCCAUUCACGGUCCGUGGACUAACCGAACGGGAGGCGGCACCCUUAUGGAGCCUUACGGACUCUGUCAGACAUUAGAAUGCCGAAGAGAAGGAUUGUUUCUCAAAAGUCUUGUCGACAACGCGGGAGCCUGCACGAAUUUCUACGAGUAUGUGUGCGCGCGCACUUGGAAGAAGGGUCACAACGAAGGAUUGUCGUCCGCUGACCUUAUGGUGAGGGACGUCGAGUCGUCCAUUAUUAGCUUCAUCAAGGCCGGCAGCGUAAAAGACAGAAUGGCAGAAGGAGCCAUAGUUUUAUGGAAAGAGUGCAUGGAUGUUGACAGGAUCAGAACACUCGGCAAGGAGCCUUUUACAACAGUUCUCAACAAAGUUGGGUUGGAUGGCUGGCCAUACGGGCUUGCUGCUAAUGUCUCGGGGAGAAAUGUUUGGAAUGUGUCUGGAGCAUUGAUGCGUCUACUCAGUCUGAGCACUUUUCUAACCUUCGUCGUUGAACCAAUCGCCGCGAACAACACAGCUCCGGUAACUAUUCGGAAAGGUCCCCUACAGAAAUCUACUGCCUAUUUCCACGACAAUGACACGAUCGACGAGUUCCUUCAAAGAAUAAAAAAAAGACUAAGCCUUAUGGAUCCACAGAGCGAAAUGGAUGAAAUUGUCAGUGACAUCUUGGCAUUUCUAAGAACUAUUUCCAAACUGAGUGACUUUGAACGUGACAAAGUGGCUAUCGAAAAUCCAACUGAAUUUGAAACUUUCAUAUCGUCCGCUUUAUCUGGCAUUUUAGAUCUCAGUAAUGGCACUGUCAUCAACAUCCGCCACGGAGGAGCUGUGCAGGAGUUAUACCAAACGAUACAGUCAAUGCCAUCCAGAGCAGUUCUUAAUUUCUUGGGCUACGCUGUAGUGGACUAUCUCUGGCUGUUCUCCCCGCAAGGACAUUUAUCACCAGAACAGAUAAGAGCUAGAGAGCACGACUGCAUCCGUAUGGUUGAGCGAGCAUUUCCGACACAGGUCCACUACCUAGGCUACGUGUCCACGAAGCACCACGUAGAUGUUGUUUUUUUCACUGAUUUAGCCCACAAUAUAAAGCACCAGGUCAUCAAUUCCAUACGAAAUCUGUCCUGGAUGGAUACCAGCACGAAAACUCGCGCCGUCCAACAAUUGUCAAGUACACGGGUCAGACCCUUCUUUCCGCAAUGGAUGUUAUACAACCACCAGCAUCCAGAAGCAUCUCGUCCAAGCCUCACUCCACAGGAAGGUCUUGUCUCUUAUCAGUCAAUAAUGCAAAACACCUUCGAAGAAUCCGUGAAAGCUCGAGUCAUCAAAGGGGACGACUUCUGGAUGGGAUCAGUGUUUGACCAGGACUGCACAUAUGACGAAGAACGCAACGUGCUUUUCCUACCACUGUCUAUGGCGAACACAACAAAGGGUACGACGAAACUCUUCCUCUCUUUCCACAUACCACAUGUGGGGGUAAAACUUGCAAGAUGCCUUCUUGAGGCCGUAGGCUCUUCACAAUACACAACUGUUUGGCCACAGGCCACUGUUCGAAAAUUCGCGAAUGUUCGCAAGUGCUUCGAGGGACCUAACCCUUCUGGCACCGUCCUAGUCCAGGACCCCAGUCAAAGGCCGUCAAUUACUGCUGGUGACGUUUACGAGCACGCCGGCAUCAUUCAAGCCCAUAAUGUUUUCACGAGCGGGAUUCGUAAGCUUAGCAAGAACUUCCAGGACUAUCGAUUCGAGAAUGCGAAAGACUUGUCCACGGAACAACUGUUCUACAUCUACUACACCAGUAGAAGGUGUCAUGUUGGUGGUGCUAAGUACGAAACAUCCCGAAUGUCCCGGCAUGAAAAUUCGAGGCUGGUGAACCUUGUUCUGUCGCACGACAACUUGUUCCACAAAGCGUUCAACUGUCGUCAGAAUGCGACCAUGAAUCCGUUGAAGCAAUGCCACUUCUGGACGCGGUAAAUGCGGCGGUAAAAGUACGCUUGGUUUAGUGCCAAAGGUUUCACUACGCACAACUGCAGCGGCAGUGGAAUUCUCAUCGGUCAGCACUAUAGGGAAUAACGUUCACACAUUGCACGGGCAUUAACGCACCUUUUAAUAAACCUGUUAAUAAACCUC